AUGAGUCUGACAUCUUCACUCCACAUCGCUCAGUCCGCGCUCGCGACUUCGCAGAUCGGUCUGCAAGUGACAUCGCAGAACCUCGCGAACGCCGCGACCCCUGGAUACACUCGGCAGGUUGCGCUGCUCCAAGCCGUGCGUGGAAGUGUCACCGAUCCAUUCAUCAUCGGCUCAGGUGUUGCGAUCCAAGAAGUGCGCCGCCAGAUCGAUACCGCGCUCCAAUCACGCUUGUGGAACGCAAACUCAGAAGAAUACAACAACGCACAGCAACUCAAUGUCUUCAACCAACUCGAAGCGAUACUCAACGAAGGCACAGAGUACGAUCUCUCAUCAGAACUCUCCUCGUUCUUUAAUGUCUGGUCCGAAGCGACCACGCUGCUUGAUUCAUCUUCAACAGUGAUCAACCAAGGCAAAUCGAUCGCGAGUUUCAUCAAGAACAUGCGUGAAGACCUGCUCGAUCAGCGCCAACAGAUCGAGAAUCAGAUCGACUCGCAAGCUACGCAAGCCGACGCACUCUUCGCGGAAAUCGCACAGAUCAACUCGACCAUCUCCAACAGCGAAAUCGGGGAGACAGAAGCGAGCGCACUGCGUGAUCGCCGUGAUCAGAUCGUCACUCAGCUCUCUCAGCUCGUGGAGAUCACCACCGUUGAAACCAACCAAGGCGGGUACGAUGUCUUCAUCGGAUCCACCCCGAUCGUGCAAGGCAACCGCUCUCGCGGGAUUACCAUCGACCGCCAAUCCCAAGGCGGCACAGUCAAUGUCACGCUUAACACCGCUGACAACAACGACACACUGACAGUGACCUCUGGAUCCAUCGGCGGACUCCUCAACUCACGCGACGGCGCGAUCGACGAAACCAUCGAGAAGCUCGAUCAGAUCGCAUCCAACCUGAUCUUCGAGGUCAACAAGAUCCACUCGACAGGGAUCAAUGAAGACUGGCUCAGCACCGCGCUGGGAACACUCCAGAUCUCCACCGCGAACCAAUCACUCCCGCUCAACGAUCCCGCGAACCGCGAUCUUGCCGAUCUCCCAUACGCGCCUGAGAACGGCGGAUUCUUCGUCAAUAUCCGCAAUGAAGAUACCGGAACCUCUGAUCAGAUCUGGGUCCCAGUUGAUCUCGACGGAAUCGAUACACUCGGAACAGCAUCCGUAGCGGACGAUACCAGCGCCGAAGACAUCCGCGCCGCGAUCGACGCGAUCCCAGGACUCACGGCGAGCUUUGAUCCAUCGGGACGCCUGCAGAUUGAUGCCGCAUCCGGAUUCUCGUUCUCAUUCUCCGAAGAUUCCUCCGGCGUGCUGGCAACACUCGGAGUCAACACCUUCUUCCAAGGCAUUGAUUCUACAGACAUCGCCGUCCGGGAUGAUGUCACCGUCAUGCUCGGACGACUCGCUCCCGAUGGCUCAUUCAGCGCCAACGAGAACGCGAAUCUCCUCGGACAACUCGGCACACAAGCAAUCAAUGGACUAGGAGGACAGAACAUCGAGAAGUUCUGGAGCAUCCAGUCGCAGAAUGUCGCGGUCCAAGCCGCUUCAGCACGCACACAAGCGGACGCUGCGUUCUUGGUUCGCCAAAGUCUCGACAACCAACGCGCCGGUGUCUCAGGAGUGAGCAUCGACGAGGAAUCGAUCAACCUACUGACCUUCCAACGCCAGUACCAAGGCGCUGCCCAGGUCAUCACCGCCGCUCAGGAGAUGUUCGACACACUGCUCACGCUCGUCUGA